ACUUUCCAGACUUUUUGCGUCUCUAACCAGCUUGAGUGCCCUGAGUUGACAAGAUCCAUCCUGAGCUAAGAAUGUUCUGGGCACCUUAGAAGGUAGCUGGAGGUUCUCUGACUGUCUUUUGUGUUUCAGGUCGCUUCCUACUUCAGGGAUGUGGAACUUGUGGCCCUCCAGAUGCUUUUGGACUCCAGCUCCUUUCAGCCCCAGUUACCAUGGCCAAGGAUCAGCUGAGUCGAAUUACAGGGCUGCACAGGGCAUGUGCUGUUAGGGAGGUGAUCUAUCAGCCGUUAGCUUCAAAAACAUUCUGUUGAUCUAACAGAUAAGUACUUAUUUCCUCUAUGAGCAUACAUGUACAGUAGCUCUUUAAAAGAAGAGGGAAAGCAGGAGAACAUCAGCAAGGCUUGACCUACUCUUCUGAAGAAACCAAGAGCCUGCCAUUUUAGAACAUCAACUCCUGUCCAACAUCUGCACCACCUCAUCAGUGGUGAUCCUUUUUUGCAUUGUGCUGUACUGGCUGUUUACUACACUUCUGUGCCUUAAAAGCAGGAAUUCUCACCACCAUCUACUCCUCCUUCUCCGACAUCCCUGCCCUGUUUCUUUUGGCUCAACUCUGUUAGCUAAAGUGUGCCAAAACAGCCUGCCUGGCUCCCUAUAGCUACUACAGGAGCCACAACCCUCACCAUCAUGGCACAACCUCAGCGCCUUCCCUCCUUAAGACGAGUGGCAGUAUGUGGCGGCACUCAUGGAAAUGAGAUGACAGGAGUUUAUUUGGCCAAACAUUGGCUAAGGGAUGCCUCCGAGUUGCAACGUGGCACCUUCCAUGCCACACCCUUCCUGGGCAACCCACGGGCAACAGAGCAAUGUGUGCGCUACAUUGGGAGGGAUCUUAAUCGGACGUUCACUGAUGAACUUCUCAAUUCCACGGACUUGGCUACGAAGCCCUAUGAGGUUCAAUGCGCUCAGGAGAUCAACAAGGCCUUUGGGCCCAGGGGUUCAUCUCAAGCCUAUGACUUCAUGUUUGACCUGCACAACACCACAGCCAACAUGGGCUCCUGCCUUUUUGUGGCCUCUGAGCACUGCCUGUUGCCCAUGCACAUGUGUGAUUACAUUCAGAAGCAUUACACACUGGGACGUUGUCCCGUCUUCCUUUAUCAACAGCCAGGAGAUGAGACUCUUUACCUCACUUCAGUGGCCAAGGCAUCACUAGGCACGUUGUUCCCAGCCUUCGAGAUUGAAGCAUACAAGGUGGUUGAGCGUGUGGACUUUCCCCGCUACUCCGAUGGCAAGAUCUCUGCUGUGGUACAUCCAAAUCUGCAGGAUAAAGAUUUCCAGCCUCUGAAGCCUGGGGACCCCAUUUUCCAGACACUCAAUGGGGAGGAUGUUCUGUAUGAGGGUCCCGACAUCAGCUACCCAGCUUUCAUCAAUGAAGCAGCCUACUACGAGAAGAAAGUGGCCUUUAUUAAGAUGGAGAAACACACAUUCUUCCAACCUGCACUGCAGAAGUUUUAAACAAGUCAUGUUUAAUCAUGGGAACAAACCAUACAUUACAAGAAGACAUUUAAAAUCCAUACAUUUUAUAUGAUCUGAGAAGCUAUUGUAGCGUACCUUGUCUAGGCAUCCUACAUUUGCACAAAAAAUAAAGACUCUUCUU